AUGACGCAAACGGCACUCUUUUUUACAUCGAGCUGGAAAGAAGGGGGCUCGUGGUCUGAGUGGAACAGUCUGGGAGWGAACUUCACGGGAAGUCCAUCUACCAAUUGGGUCGGGCCUCGAGCCGAUAUACUCGUUAUCGGGAAAGACGGAGCUCUCUACUCAAGGUACUAUAACUCAACUGGCGACCUAGUCCCUUGGAUCGUCGGCAAUAAGGUCGGCGCUACAGGGACGGGAAGUAUCAGCUACUGGGACAUUGGCGAUCAGCACACCUCGUUUUACUACAAUACAAGGUCCAGCCCAGAAGUUCAGGUCCGUAAUGGCGAAAAGGUCACGCACCACGGCAGACUCGACGGUGCAGUCAUUGCAACUCCGGCUAGCAACGCCUGGAAUCUUAAUGGUAAGAAGCUUAUCCAGAUCUGGGCACCUGGCAUGGACGGUGGUCUUUACACAAAGACCUACCAGAAUGGAGCAYGGUCCGGUUGGACGAGGUAUUACUAUGGAUUGAAAAAUUGA